AUGAAAUAACCACAUGCAUCGAUGAAUCAAAACCUAAAUGCCAAGCUAUCUAAAAACUUGAAUAUAAAGAACGGUGAUUCCAGGCAAUCAUAUACCCAUUAUAUUCCUUCAAAUCCCAAAGUUACUCAUGAUCAAGAAAAUCGUAACAAUGCUAAUUUUGGAAGCUCAAAAAAUCAGGAAUAAAAGAAAUAGAUUCAAUUGGCAUCUCCAAUUAAUUACACUCAAAGUCAACCAAUUCACUCGCCAAAUGUCAAUUACUCAAAUAGAUCACAGGGAUCUGGCAUAAAUUUUCAAAUGUCUUCUGCAAGAUAAUUAAAUGAAAAUGCAAGUAAUAUUUUGGCAAACAAAAAUCAAUAACCUAACGGAGCAGGUAUUGGACAACUUAGCACUGGCUUCAAUAGCUCAACCCACACUAAUAAUAAUACCAAUCACAACAAUAAUUACGUACACUCUCAGGUUUAUGAAACUGCAGAUUUCUAUCCUUAGAGCAAUGGAUUGUAAAUAUUAGAUUAAAUGCAGUCGAAUGUAAUGGUAUCUCCAGACAGAGAUAGUCAUUACUAUUAAAUUAAAAGAUUAAGUGGGAAUCAAGAUUUCAAUAGACAAAGCUAAGAUGGAGUGGUAUAUCUUUCUAAUGGCCACUAAAGCUCUAUUAAUUCAAAUCACAUGGCAUCAAACGAUAGUCAAUAUAGACAUUUCAACCUUCUGAAAUAGCAGGAAUUACAGAUAAUGAGAGAAAAGGAAAAAUUACUCUAUGGCAGUAAAGUUGAGGGUUAAAAGGAUAAUAUAAAUGUUUAUAGCACUGGAGCAGGUGGAAGAACUGAACCUCAAAGUGAUGGCAUCUUUCCUAUAUCUGAGACUCCUAGUGAAGAUUAUAAUUCAAACAGAAACAGAUUGUCAUAAGAUAUAAAUGAUAUUAAGAAUAGUUAACAGAAAAGCUUAUAUGUUAAAAAUUUCAGAAUCAAUGGUAGAACAAGUAAUGCUUCAGAUCAAUUGAUUGAAAAUGAUAAUAGUUGUUCUAAACUUUAUAAUGAUAACUAUGAGUUUCUGACAUAAUCUCAUGAUUCUCAGCAAUUAGAACUUAACUCUUAAAUGAUGAAUCAAUCAUAGAUAAACCAAUUUAAUAAUUUUAACAAUCAAUACCAUCCUCAGUAUUAACAUGAUCAUAAUUCUUAAGAAAAUCAACAUUUCAAUAGAUAACUAGAUUUUAAUCAAUAUGAGGAAGAUUUAAACACAGUUGAAGAUGAUAAUCAUAUUGAGGAGGAGGAAGAGCAAGAUUUCAAUGAUGAAGAUAUUAAUGAUAAUGAAUGUUAAAGUGAAAUCGAUGAUGAAUAGUAGAGAGCUCUCCAAGAAUCAUUAGCCUUAAGUGAUUAAGAGUUCAAUGAGAAUCUUAACAUGCUUUAUUAGAGGAGAAUUAACUCAACAAAGAAGUAUUUAGACACUAUUUUGAUAGAACUUUAAAAGAGUCAGACCUAAAGCGAGUACAUUCAAAAUAUGAGAUCAUAGCUUUAGAACAAUAAAGACAAUCUAAUAUCUGAGUUGAAAAUUAGACAUCACAUGCUUGUUCUUAAACUAGACGAAUUUCUUGAAAAGGCUAUGGAUGAAAUAUUCUCAAAUGAAUCUAACCAGGAAAAAAUACUUGAGGAUCACUAUAGAAAACAAACAGAGAGAACUUAAGAAUUAGAGGCUUUAUGCUAAAUCAUAGAGCUAAAAAUUUAAAAGGAAAAGAAGACUAAAUUUGUAUAAUACUAUCCAGAUAUGAUAAAGGAAUUUGAUAAGAUUAUGGAUAAGUUUCAGAAUUAAGAGAAUUAAAGAGAAGUAGAUCAAAGUCUCUAGAACUUGGAAAUGCCUCACUAUGAUUACAUGAUAGUUUCACAAUCAGAUUACGAUUCUGCAUUGAAUCACAGAACAUAAAACUUGAUCAUUGAUAAAUCUGUUUAGUGCAAUUUAGAUGCAAGGAUGGCUAGAGAAUUGUAAGCUUAAAAAUAAUAAUUGAGGGUACCUGAAAUAAUUAUUAGCGAUACUCAUUCUCAGAACUCAAGAAGAACUCUUGAAAGAAAUGAGCUAGAUGAGUAAGCUAGAUCAAUUAGUAAGCAACUUAGAACAUUAAAGAAAGAAGCUGAAUACGCUAAAAAGAUUAUUCUAAAUGAGAAAAAGCUAGAUUAACUUAUUGGUGCUCUUGAUAGAUCGAAAGAGGCUAUUUAUAGACAGAGUAUUGAUGCCUAUGAGAAUAACAUAAGUAUGAUUUAAGAUUAGCACUUAAAAUUCACAAAUAAGGCUUUAGAAAAAGGUAAUGGGUUUGAGAAUAGACUCUCUAAUUAAGUACAGACUCAAAGUAAUAGAGAUCUGAGCACACAUAGACAGUCUUACGAGCCAGGAUAUAGAAUGUCUUAGGACCCAAAGAUUAGAUACUCUUAAGAACCUAAUAUUCAGUCAAAUAAUGAUUACUCUUAGGUUUUUAGUGAUAGAGGAACUUAAUAACUUCAAUACCUAAACAAGGAUCAGUCCUCUAAGGCAUUGAGAUCUAAUGCAUCUGUGAGUUCAAUCCAUGAAUAAAAUGAUAACUCGCAAAUAACUCACAAUCUUCUCAGUGAAGAUACGCAGCAUCAUUUUAACGUUCCUCUAAGAUAAAAAAUGCAAAAUCUUAAUUAAUAAAAACGCUACUCUUUCAGUAAUCUUUAGAACAUCUACAAUGGAUCCUAGAUAGAAAACGGUCAAGAGCAGCUAUUCAUGCCAACACCAACUACUGGCUAUUAAAAUAGCAAAAAUAUGAGUAUUGUAAGUAAGAGCGAAAAUAAACAAGCCGAUUCUAAAAGGUUUAAGGUUUCAAGCUUUGAAAAACCUUAGAUAAGUAAUAGAAACUUAAAUAAUCUUUAUGCCUAUGCAUAAAGAAAGGAGAAUAAUUAGUAAUAACUUUAACAAUAGAUGUUUCAUGUGGAUUAUAGGUUCACUCCUCAUCACAAUCAGUCAAUAACUACAAUACAUAAUUAAUCGAGCAAUAUAUCGUACUAGAACACAUACGCAGGAGAUUACUUUGAGAAACUAACAAAGAGGUCUUAAGAAGGGGGUGGCAUUAGUAGUAGGAGCAUAAGUUAAAGAAACAAUAAUCAUAAUUAAAGUGUAAGAGAAGGAGGAACUAUUAAGUAAAAAUCUUGUAAGUUCUCAGCAUUGAGGAUAAAAGGUGUGGAUAAAAACAAAAAUUGCCAUUUCAAGAUAUUUUUGCCUGCUGGAGAUUAUCCUUCAUGGAGUUACUAUGACUGUCUUAUUAAUACAUCAGAUAGUCUUCCAGUUCACUAGUUCUUGGAUAAAUUGCUAAGACACGCUAAAAUCAAUAAAAUUGAUAGAGCCAGAUACUAUUUAUAGAUUGAAAGAGACAAUCAGCAGUAAUUUGUACUUAAUAUGGAAGAGGAUAUCAAUACAAUUCUAGGUUAAAACCCACAAUACUGGCCUAUCAACCUCCAUCUCAAAUAGUAAACUUAAAAUUGA